CGGUGUCUCUCCUGUCUCUGCUGUGUUUCCCUCAUGGCGCGCAGUUUUGCAGUCACUUUCUCCAGGACACUUCCACUCUGAAAUUUACUCUUUUUUUUGUUCUCCGAAAUGUGGAUCUCCAGCGCCCUGCGAGCUCUCGGGGGGAUUCACGCAUCAGCAGCCGGAGGGGAGGCGCAGCGGCUGGGGUAACUAACGGGUGCUAUGGUGGGACCCCCUGGAGGUGCAAGAGUUCUCCCAAAUACCAGCGCGUUUUACACAGCCAUGGAUCUAACCCGGAGUUAGGAGUAGAGUCUGAACCCAGCCAGGUGAGCUUGGUGGGCCUGGGCAACCGUCUCCAACCGACCCCCACCUUCCUCUAACUGAGCCCCACAAGCUCCAGACUCACACACACACCCAACAGUAAGAGACACACAGUAAGACACACACAGAGGCAACAUGUCAGACAAGUUGAACUCCAGCACCCCUAAGGUCACCCCGCGGCCCCCUGCGGGCCCUAUGCUCCCCCCUGAGCCCAUCGACAUCAUCCGCAUCAAGGCGCGAUGCCGGAGGGUCAGGCUCAACGUGGGGGGGCUCACACACGAGGUUCUAUGGAGGACUCUGGACCGGCUGCCUAGGACCCGGCUGGGCCGCCUCAGAGACUGCAACACCCACGAGUCCCUGCUGGAGAUCUGCGACGACUACAGCCUGACAGAGAAUGAGUACUUCUUCGACCGGCACCCGGUAGCCUUCUCCUCCAUCCUCAACUUCUACAGAACGGGCAAGCUGCACAUGAUGGAGGAGAUGUGCGCCCUGUCCUUUGGCCAGGAGCUGGACUACUGGGGGAUCGACGAAAUCUACCUGGAGUCCUGCUGCCAGGCGCGUUACCACCAGAAGAAGGAGCAGAUGAACGAGGAGCUGCGGCGGGAGGCGGACACGCUCCGGGAGAAGGAGGGGGAGGUGGAGGAGCUGGGCUGCUGCGGAGACAAGAGGCAGAAGCUGUGGGACCUGCUGGAGAAACCCAGCUCAUCUCUGGCUGCCAAGUUCCUGGCUUUCGUCUCCAUCAUCUUCAUCAUCAUUUCCACCAUCUCAUUGUCCCUAAACACCCUGCCGGAGCUUCAGGUGGUGGAUGAAUUUGGCCAGUUCAAUGACAACCCCAGCCUAGCCCAUGUAGAAGCUGUCUGCAUUGCCUGGUUCACCAUGGAGUACAUGCUGCGCCUUCUCUCAGCACCUAAUAAGUGGGAUUUCAUCAAAGCCCCACUGAACAUCAUUGAUUUGCUGGCAAUCAUGCCUUACUAUGUGACCCUCUGCCUAACUGAGUCCAACAAGAACGUUAUGCAGUUCCAGAACGUGAGGCGUGUGGUACAGAUCUUCCGAAUCAUGAGGAUCCUGAGGAUUCUGAAGCUGGCCAGGCACUCGACAGGACUCCAGUCUUUGGGCUUCACUUUGCGAAGGAGCUAUAACGAGUUGGGUCUUCUGAUUCUCUUCUUAGCCAUGGGCAUUAUGAUCUUCUCUAGCUUGGUGUUCUUUGCUGAGAAGGACGAGGAUGCUACCAAAUUCACUAGUAUUCCUGCCUCCUUCUGGUGGGCUACUAUUACCAUGACCACUGUUGGUUAUGGAGAUAUUUACCCACAAACCCUACUGGGCAAGAUUGUUGGAGGGCUCUGCUGCAUAGCAGGUGUGUUGGUCAUAGCCCUUCCCAUCCCAAUCAUUGUCAACAACUUCUCUGAGUUCUACCGAGAACAAAAGCGGCAGGAGAAGGCCAUCAAGAGGAGGGAAGCCCUUGAACGGGCAAAACGGAGUGGAAGUAUUAUUUCUAUUAACCUCAAGGAUGCUUUUGCACGCAGUAUGGAACUCUCAGAUGUGUUGGUGGAGAAGAAAGAGGACAAUAAGAAUCCCUUGGAUAAUCAUAUGUCACCCAGCCGAUGGAGCUACCACAAACACUACUCCAAUGAUGAGUCGUGUAGCACAGGCAAGUCCCAUUACCAGGAAGUGGCCCAGCAGGGCUCCCCUGAACGAGUCAAGCCUUUGCCUAACAAAACUACGACUCAACUGCUCAGUGUUAAUCUGCUGGAAGAAACUCUAAACAAGACAUCAACAAUUAAGGCGAAGGAAAUCAUUUUGGAGGAGCAGAUGGAGAUGAAAACCUUAACCUCCACUAAAGGCCGACAAACUUUGCCUGAAGUUUGCGCUGAAGGGGGUCCAACUAGUGCUAGAAACCAGCGCGUCCCUCCUCCCUUGGAUCUAAGUCAGAUCAGCACCAUAGAAGGCAAUACGGGCCCUGACAGCAAUCAGAAAAUGACCGUCAUUAAGGAGGGUUUGUAUGAGUUCGUGUCCACCCCCAGAGGGACUGAGCCUGGAGAUAUGGGCGUCGACAGCUUUGGGACGACCUAUGAUAACAUCUGCAGCUCCAAUCAAAAUAGAGCCCUCAAGGUUGACUUCAUUGGAGCUCAAGAUGAUGUGCUUAUGGCGGUGAUGACACCUGUAGCAACCUCCGCCCCCAUUGGGUCUGCCAAGCUUGCCCAGCUGCUUUCUGACGACAUGGUUUCAAGGUUCUCUCCCACUUCCAGCUCCUCAACCAUUGAAGCUAAGUCUCCGUUGGCAUUCCUGAAAUCUCCGUCUCUGGCCCAGCAGUCUGUCAGUCCAAGCAACUCCCAAGGGGGAGGUGAGGGCUCAGCAGCCAGGAGCUUAGAAGGUGAAGGGCCGCUAACAGGCUUAAGCCACCAGGGGAGGAAUCAUACGGAAAGGUCUGCUGUCGGCUCAGGCUCUAAUGUAAGCCCUCUAUCGUCCAAACUCAGCCCGCUCAACUGUACCAUGGAGCAAGGGACUUUGGAAGGAAGUGAGCAGGGAGGAGGAAGGGAAGAAGCAGAACAGAGUGGGGAGAAACAAGAAAAUCACAUUGUUCAGGGCAGAAGUGCAACACCACCCUGUGAAACAAGCAUGUGAGCCAAAAACGAGAGAAAAGUUUAGAGACAUAGAAGCCAAACGGGUGGGGAAAAGGUUGACAGGAUCAGUGGCAGCAACAACCCAGAAUAAACCAGAACAAGUAUUUCCAGGUGUGUGUUCUGCACCUGUUGACAAAGACAAUGUGGAAACACAAAAAAUGUUAAGAAGACUAUCAAAACAGUUGUAGUUUUUCUGGAAUCGAUGCACCUGUCUUACCCCGCAAGACUUUUGGACUCUCAUCUCUUUUUCGACAAGCACUGCUGUCCAGAUGAAGACGUUUCCGCAGAGCUGUAUCUUGGCUUUGAGGAAAGUCAGUAGCACAUGCCCACUGUCUGGGUACAAUCUGGAAGACACUGUGUCAUGUCAGUGUUUAUGAUAAAUUAUUUGAACACCAGACUGAUAUGCUGCAAAACAGUGUCAUCCAAUCCAUCUUUUAGGGCUCAGAUGUGAGCAUAAUCAAAGCCUUGUGUGAAUAAGAGAAUGUAGACGGUUCUACAAAGAGAGUUUUUGCUUACAACUCAAGCUGUGUGAAUUACAGUUCAUAUUUUCAGUCUUAUGAACACUUAGGAAAGACAGAACUUUAAAAAAAGACUUGUAAAAGUGAUGAAGUCUUUAUGUAUGGGUCUCACAUACUCAUCGUGAUUAGUGCAGGUGUUCCGUUAUUGUAACGGUAUCCAGAUCGAACGGAAGCACAUGGCACUCUCCUAAAAAAAAAAGUACAUUUUAUGUAUCUUUCAGUUUUUUGUUUGAAUUUUUUCUCUCCUUUUUAUUAUUAAUAAUAAUAAUAAUAAUAAUUCAUUUUAUUUAUGGGCGCCUUUCAAAGCUCUCAAGGACACCUUACAGAGCAUAAUUAAAAACAAGCAACAAAGAAGGUCAAACAGUAAUUCGAACAGUAAUUUUUCUAUGAUAGCUGAAGGAGAGUCUUGAAGGUCAAAGGUGAAUAGAAUACGGAUGCAAAGGCUCUUGUUUUACUGCUACACCACUGAUUUCACACACUUCUAGAAUAAAAAAUCUAAAAAAUAAAUAAAUUCAACAUCACUUUUACACAUAGGGGGCAGAAAGGAAAGCACACAAGGACCGCGGACAAGUUCACAGAUGACUCAUAUGCGGGUCAGCUCACAUUGCCUGUGUCCUACAGCAGGAGCUCCUCCUUCAGUGUCACGCUUUUCUCUACUGAAUGUUUCAUAACAGGCCAAUGUGGCUGGUCCAUUCAGAAGAAACCUCCAAAUAUGGCUGAGGGAUGUGAUCAUCCUUUCCCAUCCCUUUUCUGAAUUGGCUGGCCACUUGGUGUGUUCCGUCAGUCCUCCUAAACUCAGGAAGAUGAUGAAGAGUGCCCAAACAAAGAAUCUUUUUUAGUCUCUGUGAGACUUCUUGCUUAUGUAAAGAUAAUUCUGGUUUAAUACAACUUCUGUCCUGUUUUAUAGUUUUGACCUUCAUUUCCUAUCAGUUAUAAUGACUCAAUGCUCAACAGUUUAAUAGUUGAGCUCUGGGGACUCGUUGACAUCAAAAAGACCAACCAGUUCGAGAAACAUGAUCAGCCAAACUUCAAUCACACAUGACAAAGCCACCGAUUCACUUAAGCCCUCGGCACGAUUCAACCUAAUUAACGGGGAGCUUUAAAAGUGGUUAAAAGGCUGCAUCCGAAAAUGUUGUUAGGUUUUCCAAAUCGUUAUUUUCACAGUGAAUGGCUAGGAGUGAAGAGGUGGUUCAAACUUCUCUCUCCAGCUUCCUCUUUUCACUCUUGUUUCAUUCAUGUUUGAAAGUGUGUUAUUACUCCGUUAAUGCUUUGUACUUUAGCAUAUUAAAUUUCAGAAAGACCACAGAGAGAAAGAGUUAUGAAGAGAGAUCAGGCUUUCCCUCAUGCCUAUAAGUGUGAACAAAAACAUAUAUAAACAAGUUUCUUUUUAGCAUACUAACCUGUUUAGUUUUCCCUCCAAAUAAAAGGGCUGAGAUAAAGGAAUUAAAACUUUGUUUAAUGUGUAACCUGUCAGACAUCCUACUGUGUUUUUCUUGACUUGCCCCCAGACCUCAGCAAUUAACUUGUUCAUUCUGUUAUCAUGACCAAUUUGAAAGUAUGGCAAAACAACAGAAAUAAGACCAAGAUGUAAUAAACUAAUGAGCUAUCCUAUGAGGGAGGAGGUGCAGGUUCACCCGAUUGCCCUUCAAGACUGCUCAGGCUACCCCAUUGAAGCUCACUGAAGGAGGGGCCUCGGAACUCAUGAGACUCCACUAACUGUAUUCUGCUCUUCCCAGGCAAAUUCACAAGUAAUGGCUGGGGGAGGGUGAAGAGAAAGGGCAUGUGUCUUUGUGAUUUGUUUUGGCAAUGGCUGCUGUAUUGUGAAUGUAGUAUGAGAGUGCCCUCUACAGGCGGUCUUAAGGCACUUGAAUGAAAGGACGAUGCCUCUUGUGUAAUCUUAUUUAACAUAUAUAUAUUUGGAUUAGUUCAGAUUUGCAUUCGUUUGAAUGCAUGCUGACACGCACAUUUAAUUGUGUGCACAAUGGAUUACUCACACACAGUGAGUGUAGUGAUGGGACUGUCACAGUGUUACCAAGUUUACUUACUCUUUCUAGAUAAAGAUGUCAUAAUGAUCUUUGCAGUUAAAACUAAUUCAUUGCAUUUUUAUAAAAGGUACUUGGAGCUAUGUUGAUGUUAACAUCUCAGUAUAUUUAAAAAAAAUGGGUGCCUUUUCAUAAAUAGACUAUUUAUGAGAAGGUGAAAAAAACAUGUACAAUAUGCCCAGAGUUUAUAGUUGUUGUUUCCCUUGUUUUUUCUCUGUUAAUAAGGAUAUAUUGAUAUGCAAACCCCUCAGUUUCUCAGGUUUUGCAUACGUUUGCUUUGUGUUGUCUGAUCAACUCCAGUCAGUCACCUAGUUUUCAUGCAAGAUAGUUCUAACCUCAUUGUGCCACAAUGUCAUUUUUAUUCAGGAAAUGAAGCUUUUUGUGGAAAGCAGUAGCUUUAUUUUUGUUCAGUAGGGACUGCAAUCAAUUUGGUGCUGCAGGAGUACUGUAUACUGUUUAUUUAAACUGCAGCACUGUACUAAAUGGAGAGUGACUUUUAAUAGGUGUUGGUUAACCACAACACAGAACUGAUGAUGAAAUUAUCACAAUUAGGUCAUGUGACAACCACAUCAACUUCUGUACAUUAGCUUUAGAGAUGCAGUAUGAGACAAAAAAACAUGACAUGUGACAACAUUUUUUGAUCUUGUGUUUGAAAUGUCUUCAUUUCAGGGAGUCCACGCCGGCCAGUAUAGGCUUUUCAUUAUAUUUUGAGAUUGCAAAGCACAAUGCUGCUCAUGUUGAAUUUAAAGCUGUCACUGUAUAUCCCUGGUUCAUCUCUAUCCUUUGCGGAAGAAACGCGUAUCGGUUUUGAUCAGAUGCGGCUCUUUCAGGAACCACAUGCACACUGCUUUUACCCUCCUAUGCACAGCCUCAUCUCAUCACAAUCAUAUGAAAAAUGUCACUAAAUCUCCAUUUGUAUUUGUUGUUGUGAUCAUUUGGGUUUUGUACAGUUAGAAAAACAUACAAUCAUGCAAACCAAACUCAUGUUGCUCUAAUAACCUGUUUCUUCUAUCUGUACUCCAUGUAUUGUUUCUUUAAUGUUUCACUAUUUCAUCAUCUACUUUGUUUCUUUAUCAGUAGCCUGUGUAUUGAUUAGUCAGUUUCUUUAUUUGUAAGUCAACAUAAUGAUAGUGAAUGAUAGGGACUUUUGAUUCUGUUACCAAUAUGCAAGACCAAUAAAGGUGUA